GGCCAGCAUAUGGGUGAGGGGGCACCCCCUGGGGCCUGAGCUGCCCCACACAGGAUGCCCCGUGCCCCCUACUUCAUGCCCUUGCUACUACUUCUGCUGCUGCUCUCACUGCCCCAUACUCAGGCUGCCUUCCCCCAGGACCCCCUCCCUCUGCUGAUCUCUGACCUGCAAGGUAUCUCCCCAUUAUCCUGGUUCCGGGGGUUAGAGGAAGAUGCUGUAGCUGCACAACUUGGGCUGGAUUUUCAGAGGUUUUUGACCUUGAACCGGACCUUACUUGUGGCCGCCCGGGAUCAUGUUUUUUCCUUUGAUCUUCAAACCCAAGAAGAAGGAAAGGGGCUAGUGCCCAAUAAGUAUCUAACCUGGAGGAGCCAGGAUGUGGAGAACUGUGCUGUGCGGGGAAAGCUGACGGAUGAAUGCUAUAACUACAUCCGUGUUCUCAUUCCCUGGGAUUCCCAGACGCUCUUUGCCUGUGGAACAAACUCCUUCAGUCCUGUGUGCCGCAGCUAUGGGAUAACUUCACUGCAGCAAGAGGGUGAGGAGCUGAGUGGGCAAGCUCGGUGCCCUUUUGAUGCCACCCAGUCCAACGUGGCCAUCUUUGCAGAGGGUAGUCUAUACUCAGCCACAGCUGCAGAUUUCCAGGCAAGUGAUGCAGUAGUUUACAGAAGCCUUGGGCCUCAGCCCCCACUUCGCUCCGCCAAGUACGACUCCAAGUGGCUCCGAGAGCCUUACUUCGUCCAUGCCUUGGAGCAUGGAGACCAUGUCUACUUUUUCUUCCGAGAGGUCUCUGUGGAGGAUGCCCGACUAGGGAGGGUACAGUUCUCUCGUGUAGCUCGUGUGUGUAAGCGUGACAUGGGUGGCUCACCUAGAGCCUUGGACCGUCAUUGGACAUCUUUUCUGAAGCUGCGGCUGAAUUGCUCUGUCCCUGGGGACUCUACCUUCUACUUUGACGUCCUCCAGGCCAUGACUGGGCCUGUGAACUUGCACGGCCGCUCUGCUCUCUUUGGGGUCUUCACCACCCAGACCAAUAGCAUCCCUGGCUCUGCAGUCUGCGCCUUCUACCUGGAUGAUAUUGAGCGUGGGUUUGAGGGCAAGUUCAAGGAGCAGAGAAGUCUGGAUGGGGCCUGGACCCCUGUGUCUGAGGAUAGGGUCCCCUCACCCAGACCAGGGUCCUGUGCAGGAGUAGGUGGAGCUGCCUCAUUCUCUUCUUCUCGAGACCUCCCUGAUGAUGUCCUGACUUUCAUCAAGGCUCACCCCCUGUUGGACCCUGCUGUGCCACCUGCUACACAUCAACCGCUGAUCACUCUCACCAGCAGAGCCCUACUUACUCAGGUAGCUGUGGAUGGGAUGGCAGGUCCUCACAGUAACAUCACAGUCCUGUUCCUUGGCUCCAAUGAUGGGACUGUGCUGAAGGUGCUGCCUCCAGGGGGACCAUCUGAAGGGACGGAGCCUAUCCUAUUGGAAGAGAUUGAUGCCUACAGUCCCUCCCGGUGCAGCGGGAAGCGGUCAGCCCAAACAGCUCGGCGGGUUCUAGGACUUGAACUAGACCCUGAGGGUCACAGGCUUUUUGUGGCUUUUUCUGGCUGUAUUAUCUACCUCCCUCUCAGCCGUUGUACCCGACAUGGGGCCUGUCGAAGGAGCUGUCUGGCUUCUCAGGACCCAUACUGUGGAUGGCAUAGCUCCCGAGGCUGUGUGGACAUCAGGGGACCUGGUGGGACUGAUGUAGAUCGUGUUGGGGACCGGGAAGUCCUGGUAGAUGGUGACUGCCAAGAUGGAGCUACUGGGAGUCAAUCUGGCCCAGGGGAUUCUGCUUAUGUGCUUCUGGGUCCUGGCCCUUCCCCCGAGACCCCCAGCCCCCUCAGUGAUGCCCAACCCCGGCCCCAGUCUUCCACUCUUGGAGCUCACACUCAGGGCGUGCGCCGGGACCUCCCCGCUGCCUCGGCCUCCCGUUCCAUUCCCAUCCCACUCCUCCUGGCCAGUGUGGCCGCCGCCUUCGCCCUGGGCGCCUCGGCCUCUGCCCUCCUGGUCUCCUGCGCCUGUCGCCGCACCCACCGACAUCGGAGCAAGGACAUCGAGACCCCAGGGCUCCCGCGCCCUCUCUCCCUCCGCAGUUUGGCCCGGCUCCACGGCGGGGGCCCAGACCCCCCACCGCCGUCCAAGGACGGAGAAGCGGCACAGACACCCCAGCUCUACACCACUUUCCUGCCUCCCCCCGACGGCGUGCCCCCACCGGAGCUGGCCUGCUUGCCCACCCCGGAGUCCACCCCAGAGCUGCCCGCCAAGCACCUCCGCGCAGCCGGGGGGCCCUGGGAAUGGAACCAGAAUGGCAACAACGCCAAGGAGGGGCCCGGGCGCGCCCGGGUCGGGAAUCCGGCAGGCGGCCCCGCGCCGCGUGUGCUGGUGAGGCCGCCGCCGCCCGGCUGCCCGGGGCAGGCCGUGGAGGUCACCACCCUGGAGGAACUGCUGCGCUACCUGCACGGGCCGCAGGCGUCCAGGAAGGGGGCUGAGCCCCCGCCGCCCGUCCCCUUCGCCUCCAGGCCGCUCCCGCCCGAGCCUGCGCCCACCGCCACCCUCUUCGCUGGCCCCGGCGCCCUUCCCCGGGAGUGCGCCCCGCCGCUGAGGCUCGACGUGCCCCCAGAAGGGAAGUGCGUGCCACCCCACGCCCGGCCCGCGCUCUCCGCGCCCGCGCCUCGCCUAGGGGUCGGGGGGACACGCAGGUUGCCAUUUUCCCCUCACCGGGCACCACCCGCCCUACUCACUCGAGUCCCCUCAGGAGGCCCCUCCAGGUACUCCGGAGGUGUUGGGAGGCACCUCCUGUACCUGGGCCGGCCCGAGGGGUACCGGGGCCGAGCCCUGAAGAGGGUCGAUGUAGAGAAGCCCCAGUUACCCCCCAAGGCUCCCCUCGUCAGCCCUUCCUCCCAGCCGGCCGUCGCGAGCGGCAGCCAUUUUAACUUUUAA